GGGCCGCAGGAGCCGCCGUCCCGCGGAACCGCCGCCCCCCGCGCCCACGCAGGAGGCACCGGAGGUGCCAGCAGCCCCCCAGGAUGGCGGAGGCCCACCAGGCCGUGGCCUUCCAGUUCACGGUCACCCCCGAGGGCUUGGACUUCCACCUGAGCCGCGAGGCCGUGCGGCAGCUCUACCUCGCCGGCGUCUCCUCGUGGAAGAAGCGCUUGGUCCGCGCCAAGAACAGCUUCCUGACCGGCGUGUACCCCGCGUCCCCCUCCAGCUGGAUGGUGGUGGUCCUGGCCACUGCAGGCUCCUGCUACUGCCAGGUGGACCCGUCCCUGGGGCUCAUCGCCCGCAUCCGGCACUGCCUCCCCCACAGUGAGGUGCUGACCCCCCAGGCCCGCACGGUGGUCAGCACCGUGCUGUUCUCCACGGGGGCGUGGCUGGCGGCCGUCCUGCUCUUCCGGAGGGUGCUCCGGAUCCUGCUCUCCUACCACGGCUGGAUGUUCGAGCCCCAUGGGCACAUGAGCCGCAGCACCCGGCUCUGGGUGGCAGUGAUGAAGAUCAUGUCCAUCCGCAAGCCCCUUCUCUACAGCUUCCAGAGCUCCCUUCCCAAGCUCCCGGUGCCCCCCGUGGAAGCCACCAUCGCCCGGUACCUGGAGUCGGUGAGGCCACUGCUGGAUGAUGAAAAGUACAAAGAGAUGGAGGCCUUGGCCAAGGAAUUCCAGGAGAAGACGGCACCGCGACUCCAGCGGUACCUGCGCCUCAAAUCCUGGUGGACCACCAACUAUGUCAGUGACUGGUGGGAGGAGUACGUUUACCUGCGCGGCCGCAGCCCCAUCAUGGUCAACAGCAACUACUACGCCAUGGAUUUCCUCUACGUGACCCCCACCCACAUCCAGGCUGCGCGGGCGGCCAACGUGGUGCACUCGAUGCUGCUGUACCGGCGGCGGCUGGACCGAGGGGAGAUCCCCCCGAUGAUGGCACUGGGUGUCGUGCCCAUGUGCUCCUACCAGUCAGAGCGGAUGUUCAACACCACCCGCAUCCCGGGCAAGGAGACGGACACGCUGCUGCACCUGGCGGACAGCAAACACCUGGCCGUGUACCACAAGGGCCGCUACUACAAGGUGUGGCUUUACUACGGCGGGACGAUCCUGCCUCCCGCCGACCUGGAGCUGCAGUUCCAGCGCAUCCUGGACGACCCCUCGCCCCCACAGCCCGGGGAGGAGCGGCUGGCAGCGCUCACCGCCGGGGAGAGGGUGCCCUGGGCCGAGGCGCGCGCCCGAUUCUUCAGCCACGGCCCCAACAAGACGUCUCUGGAUGCCAUCGAGCGCGGGGCCUUCUUCCUCACGCUGGACGAGGAGGAGCACGGCCAGGAGCCCGGCACGCCCGGCUGCAUGGACGCCUACGCUAAGUCCCUGCUGCACGGCCGCUGCUACGACCGGUGGUUCGACAAGUCCUUCACGCUGGUGGUCUACAAGAACGGGAAGGUGGGGGCCAACGCCGAGCACUCCUGGGCUGACGCGCCCAUCGUCGGCCACCUCUGGGAGUUCAUGCUGGCGACGGACAAGUUCCAGCUGGGGUACACGGAGGGGGGGCACUGCAAGGGGGACCCCAACCGCCAGCUGGCCCCACCCCAGCGCCUGCAGUGGGACAUCCCCCCCGAGGGCGUGGCGGCCAUCGAGGGCUCCCUGCGGGUGGCCCGGGCCCUGGCGGACGACGUGGAUUUCUGCUGCUUCCCGUUCUCCACCUUCGGGAAGGGGCUGAUCAAGCGCUGCCGGACCAGCCCCGACGCCUUCAUCCAGAUCUCCCUGCAGCUCGCGCACUUCCGAGACAAGGGCUCCUUCUGCCUGACCUACGAGGCCUCCAUGACGCGGCUGUUCCGCGAGGGCCGCACGGAGACCGUUCGGUCCUGCACGGCCGAGGCCACGGCCUUCGUGCGCAGCAUGGCCGACCCUCGGCACAGCCGCUCGGAGCGGCAGAAGCUGUUCAAGGCGGCGGCCGAGAAGCACCAGCAGCUUUACCGCCUGGCCAUGACCGGCUCCGGCAUCGACCGGCACCUCUUCUGCCUCUACCUGGUGUCGCGGUACCUGGGCACCCAGAGCCCCUUCCUGGCCAAGGUGCUGUCGGAGCCGUGGCGUCUCUCCACCAGCCAGACCCCGCAGCAGCAGCUCAAGAUGUUCGACCUCAACAAAUACCCCGACCACGUGUCCAGCGGCGGCGGCUUCGGCCCCGUGGCAGACGAUGGUUACGGGGUCUCCUACAUCAUCGCCGGGGAGAACCUCAUCACCUUCCACGUGUCCAGCAAGUUCUCCAGCCCCGAGACGGACUCGCAGCGUUUCGGCCGGAACAUCCGUCAGGCCAUGCUGGACAUCGCGGCGCUCUUCGACAAACCCCCACCCGCCUCGGGGAAGUGAGCGGGGGACGCCGGCCCGGCGGGGACACGGGGGACGCUUGGCGGGGCCGGGGCACCACUGCUCUGUACCUGCUCCCAAUAAAGGCUGU